AUGCAAUUCAGUCGGCAGUCGAGGAGGCUGUCUUUGAGAGGUGGAAGGCGUGAGACCGAGAGGCUCUCUAAAGGGCACCGGUCCUGGCGGGACUCAGGCCUGGCCGCGGGGCUGAAAGGAGGCUGCAGUGGAGUUUCACAGCGCCCAGCCCUCAGCCCACCCGCUCUCGAGUGCUCUUCCUGGGAGGCUGGCUCCUUUUCCCUUUUGGCAUGCAAGGCAAGUAUCCCGAGCUACGUCUGGUGGUACAAGUGCUCCGGACACAGGCGAGGCUUAUUUGCCCCCGGAGGGGUCUCUCGCCCCCCAAAACCUGGUGUUCGAGGUGCGGGGUGGGAGCGCAACCCCACCCCCAUCUUACCUCCUCCCCGCGCCUGGACCGUGGCAGCCCUUCCAGGCGUGGUUUCACAUCCAAAGAUUAGACACCCGCCACCCCCAGCUCUUCAAGGCAUUCACAUUAGUCAGGUAGGCAGAGGGCACCGGACCGGCUCGGGCGCUUUCCCAUCACCAGAGUUCUGUCCACACCUCACAGAGAAGAAAUAA